CUUUGAUGAGCAUUUUAGAAGUUGUCAAAUUCUUUUCCCUAAAAUUACCUACCUUCACCAAACAACAUUUUAACCCGCGGUCAACCCUUCCGCGUGAUAACGCGUUUCCCAAAAUCCGUUAUAACUCCCCCCGUCUCUUCAAAUUCUAACCUCUGCACCUUCUCCGAAACCGUCACCAUCACCUUCAACUACAUAUAUCCCCUUCAAUCCCCACCCAAUUUCCUCAUUCUCUCUCCUACUCAACCGCAACCCCACCGCCGCCACAACAACCACCACCAUGAAGUGCUCAAACAGCCUUGUCGGAAUCCUUAACUUCGUCACCUUCCUCCUCUCCAUCCCCAUCCUCGGCGGCGGCAUCUGGCUCGCACAUAAAGCCACCACCGACUGCGAAAAAUACCUCGAAAAACCCGUUAUCGCACUCGGCGUCUUUCUCCUCGUCGUCUCCCUCGCUGGCUUCAUCGGCGCUUGUUGCCGUGUCAAUUGGCUCCUAUGGGUUUACCUUGUUGUCAUGUUUAUACUCAUUCUUAUUCUCUUUUGCUUCACCAUUUUUGCUUUCGUUGUUACCAACAAAGGUGCUGGUGAAGCUGUGAGUCAGCGUGGGUAUAAGGAGUAUAAGCUUGGUGAUUACUCCAAUUGGUUGCAGAAAAGGGUUGAUAGUUCUAAGAAUUGGAAUCGUAUUAGGAGUUGUUUAGUUGAUGGUAAAGUUUGUCAGAAACUUUCUCAGGAAACUAAUACUGUUGCUAAUGACUUCUUCGCUAAACACUUGUCUCCAAUCGAGUCUGGUUGCUGUAAGCCUCCAGAAAACUGUCAAUUCACAUAUGUGAGCCCAACCAACUGGAACACGAAUGGAAACCGUACAACCACCAACCCCGACUGUAAUGCCUGGAAUAACGCCCCAAACACCCUCUGCUAUGACUGCACUUCAUGCAAAGCCGGGUUUCUGCAGAACCUCAAGCGUGACUGGAAACGGGUGGCUGUUAUCAACAUUGUUUUCCUCGUCUUCCUCAUCAUUGUAUAUUCAAUUGGUUGCUGUGCUUUCCGCAACAACAGGUGGGACAGUAAUAAUGGAUGGAAGCCAUACCGCUGAAGAUGAUGAUGACCUUUUAGAUGUCUCAGUCAUAGACAGUCCUUACUACUUCUUAGAAUGCUGUUUGUACAGAUGUUUGAUCUGUUUUGAUACUGGAGUAUUCGGUUCAUUUUUCCCCCCUCUGCAUAGUUUGUUUCUGUCUAUUAUUUUCGUACACUAGUAGUAGUGUAUAUGGACUUAUGGUUAUAUGUUAGUCAUGCUGCUGUGUAUAUUCAUCACUUUUGUUCUUCGUAGUGCUUGGAAAUAAUGGCAUUUUGUUAUUUUGAUGUCA